AUGACUGAUGGAGAGACCAGUGACCAGCAUAUGAAUCAAAGCUCUCCUGCAGAAUUGUCACCAAGCACACUCUCGCCCGUCAACUACGGUAUGGACCUUCAACCAGUAACCUACUCAGAGCCUGCAUUCUGGUGCUCUAUAGCCUACUAUGAGCUGAACCAGUGGGUUGGGGAGGCCUUCCACGCUUCACAGCCCUCCCUCACUGUGGACAGAUUCACAGAUCCUUCCAACUUGGAGCAUUUCUGCUUGGGCCUGCUGUCCAAUGUUAACCACAACACCACUGUGGAGAUGACUCACAGACACAUUGGCUGUGACCUGAAGAUGUUCAACAGCAAGGAGUCUGCAGUGCUCUUGGCUCAGUCGGUUAAUCAGGGCUUCGAGGCUGUCUAUCAGCUCACCAGAAUGUGCACCAUCCGCAUGAGCUUUGUCAAAGGCUGGGGGGCCGAGUACAGAUGGCAGACUGUGAUGAGCCCUCUUUGCUGGAUCGAGCUGCACUUCAACAGACCAUUGCAGUGGCUGGAUAAGGUUCUGACCCAGAUGGGUUCUCCCACCGUCCACUGUUCCAGUAUGUCCUAG